GAUGUUGAGUUCAGCCACAUGAAAAUGGACGGGAAGAGGGGAAUACAACAAAUGAACAUGGUCAAGAUAUGACAGCGAGUCAAUCCUCUUGAUCACUAAUGCAAACCGACAAAGUUCAACCAAAAAAGGAACAACUUUCCUCCACCUACCAUCCAAAGUAGCAGAAGCAAACUCAACUACUCAUCAACUGGUAUAAAAGGACAAACAGCACAAAGUUGCAGAAGAAGAAGAUUGGAAAAUGGCGGGUCCGAGUCGCCCACAGUUCGUGCUAUUCGGGUCAUCCAUAGUUCAGAUGUCCUACAAUAUUGGAGGCUGGGGUGCUAUUCUGGCUGAUCUUUACGCUCGCAAGGCGGACUUUGUCUUGCGAGGAUAUUCUGGUUGGAACACGAGGAUGGCUCUUCAAGUCCUGGAUCAGGUUUUCCCAAAGGAUGCAGCUGUUCAGCCUUCUCUGGUUGUAGUAUAUUUUGGUGGUAAUGACGCAACAAAAGCUCACCCAAGUGGCCUGGGUGCUCAUGUCCCUCUUCCUGAAUUUGUGGAGAACAUGAGAAAGAUUAUUGAUCAUAUCAAGAGUCUUUCAGAUAAAACAAGGGUAAUAUGCCUUAGCUCUCCUCCCGUGAAUGAAGCGAAAAUUCAUGAAAUAUUUGGGAAUGCACUUGAUGAUCAAGCCAGGACAAACGAGGGCUGUCGUAUAUAUUCUGAAGCUUUAGUAGAACUUUGCCAAGAAAUGGAUGUUGAGGCCAUAAAUCUUUGGACAGCAAUACAGCAAAGAGACGAUUGGGCCAACGCUUGCUUCAUAGACGGAAUACACUUGUCAGCCGAUGGGUCCAAAAUUGUAGUGAAGGAGAUGCUCAAGGUCCUGAAAAAGGCUGAUUGGGAACCAAGUCUCUACUGGCUGUCAAUGCCAUCCGAAUUUCCGGAGGAUUCACCAUAUUAUGUUGUUGGUCCUGAUGGUAAAACAACCGUAAAUGUUUCUGGCCAUAUCUGUACUUGGCAGAAGGAGUGGCUCAAUAUCUAGCCUCAAUACAAGGUUCAAAAAGAGGUGCUACGUAGCUGGGCAAAGGAUUAAAUGACUAUCAUCAAGAUUUUCUUCCAAAUGGUCUUGUUUUCCUUUUAUAUACCUGUACUUUUGGAUCUGAAAUUACUUUGAAACCAAUCAUUAUCCAGAUGUACAAAAGAAGCUGAGUCACAUCAGUGCAAGGUUUAGUUGAUUUACAUUUCCUGUGUUGGGGACUUCAAACGACCAAAUUCUUGUACUAUCCAACAUCAUAUGUUCAUGGUA